GUCUUCUUUUUGUACCGAUUGGUUCAGAUUGUGUUUUUAAGUACUGUUGACAUUGUUUACAUUCAUUUUUUUAUUAGUUGUAAAAGAUUAAUAAUUGCAUUAUAAAAUGGCGGUAGAAAAUGGUUCAGGAAUACCUGAUAAACAUUGGCAGCCUCCUUUCGUUUCUCUCGAAACGACAAUGGGCGAAGUUACCAUAGAACUUUACUGGAAACACACACCUAUAACCUGCAGAAAUUUUGCAGAGCUCGUUCGCAGAGGUUAUUACAACGGAACCAAAUUUCAUAGAAUCAUUCGAGAUUUUAUGAUUCAAGGAGGAGAUCCGACGGCUACCGGCAAAGGUGGAGUUUCUAUUUACGGAGAAUGCUUUGAUGACGAAAUUCAUGAUGAUUUAAAACAUUCUGGAGCUGGAAUUCUUUCCAUGGCAAAUUCUGGUCCUGAUACCAAUGGGUCCCAGUUUUUUAUAACCCUCGGACCCACACAAUGGCUCGAUGGAAAGCACACAAUAUUCGGUAGGGUUCAUAGUGGAAUGGCGAUAGUGAAAAGGAUCGGGCUCGUAGAAACAGAUAAAAACGAUCGCCCCAUCGACGACGUCAAGAUAGUCAAAGGAUCGGUCAAGAAUGCAUAAAAAUUAAACGAUAUAAAUCCCUUAAAUCAUUGUAAAUUGAAACAACAGAACCUCAAAGACGUUUUAUCGAAUAAUAUAAUUGAAUUUUUUAAUCAUA